AUGGAACUGGAACUCGUGGGGUCCUGCACAUGGGUCCUGGUGCUGGUGGCUGCAGGGCUGAGCUUGGCCAGCGCGGGCCCCGUCCCCACUUCCAAGCCCACCACGGCCUGGACGGACUGUGACUUUGGCAGGUUCAAAUCUCUGUCACCAAGGGAGCUGGAGGCUUUCAAGAAGGCCAGGGAUGCCUUGGAAAAUUCGCUGAAAAGCUGGAGUUGCAUCACCCGCCCCUUCCCUAGAAACCGGGACCUGAGACAGCUACAGGUGUGGGAGCGCCCCGUGGCCUUGGAGGCUGAGCUGGCCCUGACGUUGAAGGUCCUGGGCACCAUGGCUGACGCGUCCCAGGGGGACAUCCUGGACCAGCCCCUUCACACACUGCGCCACAUGCACUCCGAGCUCCAGGCUUGUGUCUCGGCUCAGCCCACAGCAGGCCCCCAGCCCCAAGGCCGCCUCCACCACUGGCUGCACCGGCUCCACGAGGCCUCGAGGAAGGAGUCUCAAGGCUGCCUCGAGGCCUCUGUCCUGUUCAACCUCUUCCGCCUCCUCAAAAAGGACCUGGAAUGUGUCGCCAGUGGAGACCUGUGUGUCUGA